CAUGCCUGUCUUUCUUACCGGAGUCCUACGAGAUCAUCAUAGGUCAAAUAACCACUGCAGCUUUCUGAGGAGCACCACAGGACGAUGACCACAACUCUUCUCUGAACCCACUGCAGGGGGUAAAGAAAUCCAGGAAGGCCCAGGAUUACCAUAACACAAAACUGAAAUGUCUGCAGAAGACGACACGGGGAGAGGACAAGCCCCAAGCUACUGUGACUGGAUGUCGCAACUACCAGAUGAACUACACAACAUUCCUCUCAGCAAUCUGGCCAUACCAGGAAGCCACGACUCAAUGACUUACGAUUUGGACGUCAGCUCCUCUAUCAUAGAGCCUGAUAACCUGAAGGGAUUGAGCAAGAUUUGCUGUGCACGUCGAAUUGUGCGCAAGUGGGCCGUCACUCAGGAGGAGUCCAUCACAAAGCAACUGGAUGCAGGAGUUCGCUACUUUGACCUGAGGAUCGCUCGCAAGCCAGACGACACUGAGCCGACGAGGCUUUACUUUUAUCAUGGGCUGUGUACACGGACUGAUGUGGAGACUGUUCUCAGGAUGAUUCAUGACUGGGCAGAGAAACACCCCAAAGAGAUCCUCAUCCUGGCCUUAUCCCACUUUAAAUUCCCCAAAGAGAACGAGGAGCAGCUCCACAUCCAUCUCAUCGGUUUCAUCAAGACCUUGUUUGGAUCCAAACUUCUCCAUAGAGCGUGGAACAUUCCUUCACUGAAGAGCUGCUGGGACCAAGGCAGAAACGUUAUAGUUUCAUAUGAUUAUUCGGCAAAUCAGCACCCUGAGAUGUGGGGUAGGAUACCGUAUUGCUAUGGUAAUAGUAUGGACCCUGCAGAAGUGGAAUCAAAACUCCGCCAGGCUUUAGAAAAAACACGGUCUUCUCAAGGUUUCCACGUAUGUGGCUUGAACCUGACCCUGCCGGAAGAUGCCAAGGUACUCAAGUACAUCUUCCGUCCCAAUGACAACUUUACGAAGGUGUUACAGAGGAGUCAGCCCACGCUGCUGCAGUGGGUGAAACAGCAAGCCGGCCAAAGACCCAACAUCAUCGCCUCAGAUGUGGUGACUCGACACAACUUUGUCUCAACGGUUGUCCAGCUCAAUAUUUCAGAGUUAGUGAAAACCUAGUGGAAUUCUGUCGAACGUCUUGUGAUCAUUCAGUAACAAACACAGUUUUUUCAGUCUUUCAGAUGGACUGAAACUUUAUUAAUCUCAUGUUGGGGAAAUUCUCUGGUUACAUGGCACACAGACAGAAUGAGGUAGGCAAGGGAACAUGUGAAUGUAUCAAAAUAUAAAAUAGGCAAUAGAAUAGAAAAUAAAAACAUGAAAUGAGAUUUUAAAAAAAUACAGAGAAUAUGUUGAUAGUAUACACCUUGUGACAUUUGUAAAGAAAUGUGGGUAAAGUGCAGUGGCACAUGAAAUGUAUUUCUGCAUCAUGUACGAGAUAUUGAAAUAAAAUUCACUUUUACUUUAGCCGAGUACUAUAUUGUAUAUUUCUGUUAAUUCAUUUGUACUUUUCCUGAAGUAUAUUUCUUAAAUUCUUCCUCCAUCACUGAUAAAGAAACAUUGUAUACUAGUGCGCCUUUUGCCCUGUUGGCGCCACCCUGUGUGGAUUUAUGGUAUU